UUGGUUCAUGAAUCAGCUGUCAAAAUGUUGAAAAGCAUACUUGUAUAUUUUACAUUUUUAUGGCUUCCCUCAUCAUCAGAAUCCAUUCCUCCUGUUUUACAACGAAAUGUAAUGAAAUCUGGAUUCCACAGAGAUCUAGUGACACAACUAACAGUUCCAGCCAGUCUGAUACCUGACACAAGCCCAGGGAGCGAUGUACAGUGCUUCCUGAUGUUUACAGAGACAAUUCCGUCUGGAGCUUAUGUUGAUCCUGACCAAAUAAACUCCUUAAAACCCUAUGGCGGCCCAGAUGUUUUAUUGAGCAGCCCUGUUGAUGUAGAGAAACCAGAGAUUGAGUCGACAGAGUUUCAAGGACAUGUAUUUUCAAACUUGAGCAGAGUUGGAGACAAGUUGACAAGCAGUUACAGGUUACCUGUACAUCUACGUUACCAUGGUAUCUCAGAUCAGGACUAUACAACUGUAACUUUCACUAAUCCAGAGGUGUCUGUCAGAUGUGUGAACAAGAAACUUGGUAUGCCUCAUUAUGGUUACCAUGGUGAUAUAGUAAAACAGAAGAGUGAGAUGUGCAGCAGCAGCAGUAAGAUACUGUGUGACUGGAUUGUUAUACAUUAUGAUGCUGAGAAGAAGGACAUCAGUGUGGAGGUUCCAGUGGGGAAGGUCGAGCACUAUAUCCUGGUGACUGUAGGUACCAUGGUAACCACAUUGUCUGCAUGUAUAUUCCUUGUGUAUCAAACUCUGUGUUCAGGAAAACACGUUAAAGUGAGCUGAAAAAAGUGUCCAGACUUCAGUUAUGAAAUAAAUAUGUGAAGAAUGUACUGAAAUGACUGAAUGUUUGACGUCAAGUUAAAGAAGAAAACCAAAGAUAUGAGUUGUGAUUUAUAUUGACAUUCCUGAAGUCACCCAGUAGCGGACUGCAUGGGUUAUACCUCAGUGCAAGUUUUGGUAGUGCAGAAAGUGAUGGGUAUAUAUAAAGAGGUAUACAUCUGUCUUUCAUGGCAUAUAAACCUCAAGAAACAACAGAAAAUGUAUUGAUGAUACAGUAUAUAGCUCUUGGGUAGCUACAGUAACGUUUUUCAUCAAAGCUUAAAUUUCAGUGAACUAUAAGAAUUAUAGCACAUUUAAUGACAAGAAAUUACUUCGCUUUAAAGAUAAAGGUCUAGGACAUUUUAUGUGGAUUUAGAAAGAAAUUGCACUGACAUUAUGAUAAAAAUUAUGCUUCAUACUGUGAACAAUCCUACACAAAAAUGUUAUCCCAAUUGCCCAGAAUAAACCUAGAAUGAGUGGAAGUGAUGUAGUUCCUAGUGUACAGCUGUGUUACAACCUCCAUUUCAAAUUGUAAUAAGCAUUCCAACCCAUUUUGUUAUAGUUAUUACAUUUUGCAACUUUAUUACAAAACGGGUUGUAACACAGCUACAUGGUAUCCUAUGUCCCAAUUAGGGCCUCUUCUAGCUCUUGAAGAGUGUGCUGUUGACCACAAUAUUGUUUCAUCCUGCUGGUGACUGUAGUUGCCAAAUGGAUUCCAGUGCCCAGAUACACUCUCUGAAUGACUGCAAUUGCUAUAUAGUGGCCAGCACCAAGAUGUGCUUGCUGUGUGACAUAUAUUUUUGUGUUUGUGCAUUGAUUACAUGUACGUAUUUGCCUUUGUAUAUACAUGUACCUGUAAAACGAGACAUAUUAUGGAAAACCUGCACCGCGGAUAUGCUUUGGGCUAAAGUUGUCUGUGAAAGUUGACAGUGUGCACUGUCAAACUUGAGUAGUUCUGUCCAAUGUUCACUAAACUUGCUCACAAUGUUUAUGUGCAUAAUAUCUCAACCAUCUAGAUAUCUUCAAGUCUUUCUGGUUUUGUGGACUUCAAAUUACUCAAAAUUAUGAAAAUUGAUGAUAUCCACUCUCUAACUAGAGUAGUUCUCAUCAGGUGUUCAUCAAACUUGGUCACAAUGUUUAUGGGCAUAAUAUCUCAGAUUGGAUGCUCACAGUCAAUCUAAUUCUUGAGAAAUGGUCCUUGAUUUACUUAAAAUUGUGAAAAUUUGACAGUGUCUGCUUGAUAACUUGAGCACUUCUUAUCCAGUGUUCAUGUAGAAUGUUUAUUGACAUAUUAUCUUUGAUAACUAGCCAGAUUGUCUUUGUCGCUUUUGAGUUAUGGCCCUUUAAAUAGUUGAAAUUGAGAAAAUUGACAUUUGUCAGUAGAGUAAUUUUUAAAAGUCAGAAGUUAAUUGCUGCUACAGAUGUAUUUCAUGACAGUUUGCUACAUUUGUUAACACAGAAAUUUUAUAUGAAAGUUUUACAUGGAAGCAGGUUUCUCAGGAACUUUUGUGUAGAAUGCUUUCAAUUGUUUAUAAGUUCCCAGCAUGGUGUGAUGACCAUACUGAAACAGGUUUCAUAUCUCUAAACUUACAGUUUAGAAAAUUAUGCCCCUUUUUGUAUGCCUGCAAAAUGGGAUAUAUUAUGUGAAUUCUGGAAUUGGAUACCACUUCAAACUCGUGACGGAUGGGCUUUUACAACUUGCCAUUAUUUUUCAAUUUUAAUGUCCAUUGUAAGUAAUUCUAACAAUCUGUGGGCUUCAGGCAAACUGGACAGAAAAUGGGCCAUAUAUGUUACACAGAUGUAUUGAAAAUAAAUAAAGAGGCAUCUCCACAAAGUAUAAAUAUGCACACUGUCUUUUAUCUUAUAAAAUAUACCCUUACAGAAGAAAAAGGCCUGCUGCGUACUCUUGCUGUGUACAUACAGCGUAUAUGAUGCGUACAUGAUGUGUACUGAAAUCAAGGGCUUUAAAUAGUACGCAGGAUAUACACCGCACAUACACCGAUAGUACGUUUGUAGUACACUUUUGACAUGCAAAUGAGCUCUGCCGCGUACUACUUGCUGCGUACAUGCUGUGGACUACAUAGUACACAGGAUGUACGCUGGAGGAAUUUAGUAUGCGGGAAAUAGUACGCAGCAUGUAUGCGGCACAUACACUUUUCACAUGCAAAUGAGCCUGCGGUGUACUACCCCUGCGGCGUACAUGCUGUGUACUCCUGGCCCGAGUCCUGCGGCGUACAUGCUGUGUACUCCUGCUGCAUACAUGCUGUGUACUCUUGUGGCGAAACUGCUGUGAUAAUGUAAAUUCCUUACCCCACCAACUUUCAUAUGCAAAUGCUGAUCAUUUGGACAGAAAAAAGCAGAAAAAAGAUAAGUGACAUGCAUCAAUAAGUAUUUACCCUUACCAAAAUAAUGUAGAUUGAUAUUAUCAAAUAAAUUAGUAUGCUUUUCUUCAUCCACUUUUCAAUGAAAUAAAUCAAUUUUUGUAGCAUGUAAUUUGGUAACCUUUGAAGAAAAUGGCGUAACUGCAUCAAGGGGAAACAACUUUAAUGCAACUAAAUAUAAGUGUUAUGAUUUAUUAUAGACGAUGUGUGCGUAGUAUGUAUUUAUUUUGAUUAAAAUGCAUCUGAGAACAAUCUAGGACUGGAAUUAUAUAAGCAUUUAUACACUUUUACGUCCGUAAAAAGUAGCGCACCAAAACAUUUUGGAUUGAUUUUUUCCAAUGGGGAGAGCGCAAUUAGCCAAAAAUAUACGAGCAGCAAAUCCGAUGAACAACUUUUUAAUUUGGUGAGGCCUUAAUGAGUUAACAUAAUGAGCAUUAAAGCCUUUAUAAAACAUGAUAGAAUGGUGUUUUGCUUAAGAGUAUUCAAAUAACAGUGAGAGCUAUUAAUUCUUCUCAUUCGGGCACUGUUGAGGCAUUAUCUUGGUAAUUAUUUCAUGUAUUACAAAAUGUAAUGCAACGAAGUUCAAAAAAGGCUUUUCAAUUAUCCAAGUUAGAAAGCUCCAGGAUUAAUUCAAAAUGAAAAAGAAUAUAUUUUUACACUGCAUGCAAGGUGCAGCUCAGAAAUCACUAAGAUGUAAGCUUCAUAAAUGAACAUUGCAAAUAGUUUGGCAAAUUUUCAUUGUUCAGAAUACCGGUAAUCUGAACUAUUCUAUGCUAUUAAGAUAAAAGUUACUCGGAAAUCAAGUUCUUGCUUCCAAAAAAAAAAAAAAUGUACAAAUCCUUCCUGCAUGAAGUGUACUUCAGACUUUUACCUAAAAAAAUUCAAAGUAUAAACACCAAAAGAAAAUGAACAAGUCCCUCCCACGUAUAUGAAGUCUACUUCAGACUUUAACUUAUAAAAAAAAACUAAGUAUAAAUGCCAAAAGAAAUUGUACAAGUCUUUCCCGCGUAUAUGAAAUGUACUGCACAAAUUUCAAAGUAUCUGCGGUGUACAUGCAGUGUACUAUUUUCUUGUACAAGUCCCUCCUGCGUACAUGCAGUGUACUCCUUAAAUUUUCAGAGUCUGUGCUGCGUACUUGAAGUGUACUAGUGACCUCCAGCGUACAUGCUGUGUACUCGUCAAAAUAGUAUGCGUCAUGUACGCGGCAUGCGGUGUAUGUAAAAUGUACGCCUCUGGCGUACUACUGUGUUCGCGGCAUAUACACAGCAAAUACGCAGCAUGUAUGCCACAGAGGCUUGCUUCUGUAAGGGUAUUGUUGUUUUUAGCUCACCUGUCAUGUAGUGACAAGUUGAAGGUGAGCUUUUGUGAUCGCCUUUCAUCCGUCAUCUGUCCAUAAUUUCUUGAACACGGUAGAGACCACAUUUUGCAGUUGAUUUAACUAAACUUGCACACAGCUUGUAUUGGCAUAAUAUCUCUGUUUCAUUCGAAAACUGGCCAGGUCCCAUCAUGGGUUCUAGAGUUAUGGCUCCUAAAAGGGCCAAAAUUUGCUAUUUUGGCUUUUGCAGCCAUAUAGAGACUUCAUUUAUGGAUUGAUUUAAUACAAACUUGCAAAAUAUCUUUAACAACAAUAGAUCUUGGAUUCCAUGAUGAAUCUAUCAGAACCAGUCAUAGGUUCCAGAGUUACGGCCCCUGAUUGACCACUGAAAGAGCCAAAUUUGUUAAUUUUUACAUUUUUAACAUGAUAGAAGUGACAUUUUACAUUCGAUUUUAACCACACUUACACACAACAUAAUUCACAAUAAGAUCUUAGUUCCUUUCGAAAACUGGCUAAAUUCCAUCAUGGGUUCUAGAGUUACUGCCCCUGAAAGGGACAAAUUUUUCUAUUUUGGCCCAUUCAGCCAUAUAGAGGUUUCAUUUAUACUUUGAUUUGAUACAAACUUGCACAGAGUGUUUAUCUUAAUGAUCUCUAGGCCAAGUUUGAAACUGGGUCAUGUGGGGUCAAAAACUAGGUCACCAGGUCAAAUCAAAGGAUAAGCUUGUUAACAGUCUUGAGACCACAUUUAUGAUCCUAAGGAAAAACUUAACACCCUAGAGGCCACAUUUAUGACCCUAUCUUCAUGAAAUUUGGUCAGAAUGUUUAUCUUGAUGAAUCCUAUGCCAAAUUCAAAGUCACCAGGUCAGAUCAAAGGAAAAGCUUGUUAACAGUCUUGAGGCCACAUUUAUGACCCUAUCUUCAUGAAACAUGGUAAGAAUGUUUAUCUUGAUGAUUCCUAGGCCAAGCUCGAAUCUGGGUCAUGUGGGGUCUAAAACUAGGUCACCACUCAGAUCAAAGGAAAAGCUUGUUAACACUGUAGAGGCCACAUUUAUGACCCUAUCUUCAUGAAACUUGGUCAGAAUGUUUAUCUUGAUGAUUCCAAGGCCAAGUUUAACAGAUGUUCGAUAAUAGUAAUGAAAUUUUGGCCAGUUUGUUUUUGUAAAAUAAUAGUAAUGACAUUUUGGCCAAACAUUUACUCUUAAUAUAUUACAUAUUAGUUACCACUUGCAUUCAGGUGAAGCAGUUUGUGGGGCAUGUACUUUUUCAAAAGUAGUUUCUUGUCACAAUUUAUGUUCUUAUGCAUUCAGUAUACUUAUGUAUCUGUGAAAAAUAUAUUAGAAACCACUGUAAACAUAGCAUAUAUAUUUUACUCUAAUAUUUUGAUAAUCUAUUGCAAACUUUGUAAUUAUAUGAUUUAAUAAAAUAGAAUGAUCAUAA